AUGGAUCCUGAACUUGAUUUUCUCUCUUCAGAUUUCAAUGCUAGCAAGGCUCUUUUAUCCUCUUCAUUGAGUGUCCCUUGUCCAGAGGUCCAACCAUGUGACAAUCUAGACCAAUACCUCUCAGUUGUAAAAGGGACAAGAAAAGUGGGUGGGAGUGGGAGGAGUCAAUCAUUGGAACCGGUACCGGAACAGAAACCCCAAGAGGCAGCAUCUACUAAGAGGCUAAAGAGUGUACUCGAUUUAUUGAAAGAACCAUUGAGAGGCCCAUUGGCUUUGCUUCAAGACUGUCAAAUUCAUCAGAUACCUGUACAAAUAUUAACGAGACACAGUAGAGGACUAAGAGGAAUGAUUUGUGGGAAUAUAAUUGCCUUUGAUAGACAUUUUAAUAUGAUACUGAGAGAUGUCACAGAGCACUAUACUCCAUUGAAGACAGUCGGUAAUAGAGGUAAAACAAAAAAGAGAAAUAAAAGACAUAGCAAAAAAUGCGUAGAAGUUACACCUAAAGAACCUAAUGAUAUCUUACCCAAAUCAUCUCUUUCCUCCUCAUUACCUUCUAAUGAUUGCUCUUCAUCAGGUCAUUCUUCUCAGUCAUCCUCUUCCAAUCAUCCUUUAGUCCCCACUCACUCUUCCUCUCUGCCUGUCUCUUCCUUCUCCUCUUGUCAAAAACGCUGGGAGUGCACGCGUUACCUGAAGCAGCUUUUCAUUCGUGGCGACAAUGUCAUUUUAGUUCGAUCAUUAAAAUAGCAAUAACUUUACGGUAUAUUUUUACAUGCAGCAUUAUCAUAGUCAUGAGUUUUUAACACUUAAAAA